AUGAAAGGGGCGCGCCCGGGUACCACGCGACCUCUCACAUCCUCGGGAAGAUUCGUUCGGCUGGGCACUGCGUCUAUGCGGUCAGAAGCGGGAGGCCCGUUCAUAAAUGUCCACAGGCUGGACCUCCGCAAAUACGCGUCCAGGCCGCUGCUGGCGCGCGCUCUGUGCGACUACAUUCUCUAUCAUGACCACAACCCCAGGAAAGCGCUUGAACUGUGCUCCCACGCGACCAAAAUUGCGGGGUACACUGACUGGUGGUGGAAGGCGCGCCUGGGGAAGUGCUACUAUCAGCUGGGCAUGCUGCGCGAAUCCGAGAGCCAGUUCCAGAGCUCCCUGAAGCACCAGGACGCGGUCGUCACCGUCAUGGAGCUGUGCAAGGUAUACCUGCGCAUGGACCAGCCCGGCACCGCAAUGGAGACCUACACCGCACACAUGAAAAAACAUCCGGGAGAUGUGUCCCUGCUCCUCGGAGCGGCACGCGUAAAGGAAGCACUAAACGACGCCCAGGGAGCGUUCCUGCUGUACAAGGACGUCCUCAAACAGGAGGGCUCCAACGUGGAGGCCAUCGCCUGCCUGGCCAGCUACAACUUCUACACCGACCAGCCGGAGCUGGCCCUCCGCUUCUACCGCCGCCUGCUCCAGAUGGGCGUUAACAACGCCGAGCUGUGGAACAACCUCGGCCUGUGCUGCUUCCACGCCUCGCAGUACGACAUGGCCCUGAGCUGCUUUUCGAACGCCAUGUGCGUGGCGUCCAACGACGCGCUGGCGGACGUGUGGUUCAACGUGGGGCACGUGGCGGUUGGGAUUGGGGACCUUGGCAUGGCCCUCCAAGCAUUCAAGGUGGCGGUGUCCGUGGACAGCUCCCACGCGGAGGCCCUCAACAACCUGGGCGUGCUGGAGUGCAGGAGCGGCGACGUCCGGGCGGGACGCGCCAGCUUCAGCCAGGCGCAGAGGCUGUCAGACCACCUCUUCGAGGCCCACUUCAAUGGCGCCGUGUCCGCGUUCAGAGCGGGUGACCUCCAGGAGAGCUACGACAUGGUCAGCCGCGCGGCCGAGGUCUAUCCCGACCACCCGGACUGCAAGGAUCUGCUGAAGCAGCUGAGGACUCGCCUGAUGCUGCUGUAG